AUGUCUGCACCUUCAACAUCAACAGCUCCGACACAAUCAACAGCUAUUCAUCAUGCAAUUGUUAAAUCUGUUGUAUCCGGUGAUACUGUUAUUGUUAAACCAUUAGUAAAAACACCAUCUGAUUCAUCCUUAUCAACAAUAUCAUCAGAAAAACGUCUUGGUCUCAAUUAUAUUAUGGCACCAAAAUUAGCUUUACCAAGUUCAAAUCAAAAUAAUGCGUCAAUACCAACUGAUGAACCAUGGGCAUUUGAAGCACGUGAAUUUUUAAGAGUAAAAUUAGUUGGACGAGAGAUAUGUUAUACGAAUGCAUUUGAUAUACCAAAUAGUGGAAGAACUGUUUGCACAAUGUUUCUAGGAAAAGAUGUAAAUACUGGUGAAAACAUUGCCGAAUCAUUAUUGUCAGAAGGUCUCGUUGAAUUACGACCACAAACAGGCGCAAGAGCAAAUGAUGUAAAAUACCAACGUUUAACUAUAAUUGAUCAACAAGCUAAGUUACAGAAAAAAGGUCGACAUUCGAGUGAUUCACCGUCAAAUCAUAUACGAGAUAUUAAAUGGACAUUAGAUAAUCCAAAAGCAUUUGUUGAUGCAGAAAAAAAUCAAAUGCCCAUUGAUGCUGUUGUUGAAUUUGUUCGUGAUGGUUCAACUGUUCGAUGUUUACUAUUACGAUCACACCAUUUAGUAACAGUAAUGUUAACCGGUAUUAAAUGUCCACAGUUAAAACGAGAAGGUGCAGGUGGAUCAGAUGUUAGCGAACCAUAUGCCGAAGAGGCAAAACAAUUUGUUGAAACAAGAUUAUUACAACGUGAAGUAAAAAUACGAUUAGAAGGUGUUAAUAAUCAAAACUUAGUCGGAACAGUGUUACAUCCAAAGGGAAAUAUUGCAUUACAUUUACUUAAAGAAGGCUUGGCCAAAUGUAGUGAUUGGAGUAUUGCAUUAUUAUCUGCAGAAAAUCGAGAACAAUAUCGUAUAACAGAAAAAUAUGCCAAAGAAAAUCGCUUAAGAAUAUGGACAAAAUAUGUAGCACCAAUCCACGCAACAUUUGAGAAUGAAAAUAAUGGUGAUACAUAUAGUAAUACUACCGAUGGAAAAUUGAAUGAUCCAACAUUAAAAGGAUAUCAGGCUAAGGUUACGGAAAUAAGCAAUGCCGAUAGUUUAACUGUACGUAAACAAGAUGGCUCAAUUAAAAAAAUUUAUUUAUCGAGUGUACGUGCACCGCGUGCUGUUGAUCUAAUUAAACCUGGUGAAGAUGCACAACAAAAACAAAUAAAACGUCCGCUAUAUGAUAUUCCAUAUUUGUUUGAAGCACGAGAAUAUUUACGAAAACGUUUAAUUGGUAAAACUGUUCGUGUUGUCCAAGAUUAUGUUCAACCAGCGGCUAAUGAGUAUCCAGAAAAAGUAUGUUGUACAGUUUAUAUUGGAAAUGUCAACAUUGGCGAAGCACUGAUUAGUAAAGGUCUAGCAAAAGCGUUAAGACAUCGACAGGAUGAUGAAGCACGUUCAUCAAAAUUCGAUGAUCUAAUAACGGCUGAACAACAGGCGGAAAAAAAACAAGUCGGUCUAUUUUCACAAAAUUCAGCAAGUAGUGGUGGAAUUCGUAUAAUCGAUUUAACGGGUGAAACGAAUAAAGAACGAGCAAAACAAUCCUUAAGUGUUUUUCAACGCACAGGACGAAUGGAAGGCAUUGUAGAAUUUAUUGCAAGUGGUUCUCGAUUUCGUAUACAUUUGAUAAAAGAUAAUCGAAUAAUAUCAUUUUUGUUAUCUUCGAUCAGUUGUCCAAAAGCUGAACGACGUAUUCCUCCUACUGCUAAUCAACCACAACGAAUUGAACAAGCUGAACCCUAUGGACAAGAGGCACUCGCAUUUUCAAGAGAACAUUUUCUACAACGUGAUGUAUUUGUUGAGAUCGACAGUUGUGAUCGUGGUGGAAAUUUUUUGGGUAGAAUGACAACGGCCGAUGGACAAUCAGCAGCAUUAAUGUUAGUGCAAAAUGGGUUCGCUAGUUUACAUGAAACGGCGUAUAAUAAUGCAUCAAAUUAUAAACAAUUACAAGAAGCCGAAGAAAUAUGUAAAAAGAAUAGAAUUGGUAUUUGGUCAACAUAUGAAGAACCAACAACGAAAGAAGGAGAUGAUGAAGCUGAAGAUGAAGCAAAUCAAGAACAAGCUGUCCAGGAACAAGGUGAUAUCUCGAACAACUUUAGUGAUCCACGUUAUCGUCAUGUGCAAGUCACUUAUGUUUCGUUGGAUCUUAAAAUCUAUGUUCAAUAUGCUGAAGACGGAAGUAAAUUAGAACGAUUACAACAAGAGUUACGCGAUACUUUUAGCCAACAACAACCGACCGGCGGACAUAUGCCUAAAAAAAAUGAAGUUUUAGCUGCACGUUUUACAGAUGAUAAUGAAUGGUAUCGUGCACGUAUUGAAAAAAUAGAACAAAAUAAAAUUUCUGUGUAUUUUGUCGACUAUGGUAAUCGUGAAACAAUAACUGAUACAUCACGUUUGACAUUAUUGCCACCGGGUCUCAAACAAUUACCGGACCAAGCACAUGAAUUCGAAUUAGCCUAUAUUAAACCAUCACCUGACGAGGAAGAUCGUCUAGAAGCAAAACAUGUUUUGAGUGAGGAAAUCAACAAUGAAGAUUGCCUAUUAAAAAUUGAAUAUCGUUAUCAAAAUGUUGGAUUUAUUUCAUUGUAUAAAGAAAGUACAAAAGAUAAUUUAGGUAAAUUAUUACUUGAACGUGGUCUUGUUAUGGUCAAUCAACCAAAACGACAACAAAAACAACAACGUUAUUCAUCACAAAUUAUCGAUGAUUAUAUUCAAGCCGAAACAUUAGCUAAGACAAAACGUUUGAAUAUUUGGCAAUAUGGUGAUAUGCAAGAAGAUGAUGCAGCUGAAUUUGGUUAUACGGGUAAACGAUAA